UGUUUUUACAAAUUCAUUAUUUAAGUAAACAGGAACCACCACUGGGAUCGAUCGUACCAUUUCUUGGCAAAUGAUAAAAGACAAAUAUGACAAGUGGUCGAUUUAACUACAUCUACAGUUGGGAACUGGAAGAAAAUGUUGAAAUCAAAAUAGGCACUUUGGAGGGUGAGAGAGAGCGUCCCAGUUACAAUGACCUCCUGAAUGACCCGAUGUUGCAAUACUCCGGAGCUUACAGUGAGAGUUGCUCCGACCUGUAUGUCACAUGUCAGGUCUUCAGUGGUGGCAAUUCAAUCUCACUGGUCAGUCAGACAGCCUACAAGGCCUUCAGCAAACGUUGGAAUUGGAAUGAAUGGCUGCGUCUACCUGUGAAGUACUGUGACCUGCCGCGGGACUCAAUCCUAGCUCUCACCAUAUGGGACAUCUACGGCACCGACCAGGUUAUCCCUGUAGGGGGCACUACAGUCUCGCUGUUUGGGAAGAAAGGCACAUUCCGGCAGGGUAUGCAUGAUUUGAAGGUGUGGCCUAAUGUAGAGGCUGACCCCAGCCCUCAGACCACCACCCCGGGGAAGCCACGCGACAACCAUGACCAGAUGAGCAGGCUGUCCAAGCUAAGCAAACGUCAUCGUGAUGGUCACAUGGUGAAGGUAGACUGGCUGGAUCGACUAACAUUUCGAGAGAUCGAAAUGGUUAACGAGCGGCAGAAACGCGACUCAAACCAUAUGUACCUGAUGAUAGAGUUCCCGCAUAUAUUCUUUGAGCAGAUAGAAUACGCCAUUGUGUACUUUGAAAAGGGCGGGGAUGAUGGUGUCACCAACCGUAUCUAUGGCGACCUGGUGAUCGUGCCUGACCCAGAGAUCUCCACGGAGAAUCUCGUGGAGAGCAAGCACCACCGCCUGGCCCGCAGCCUGCGCAGUGGACCCUCAGACCGCGACAUGAAACCAGAUGCCAAGAGCAGGAACAGUUUUGUGUUUCAGACUAUUGUUAGCUAUCCUCCAACCAAGCAGCUGACCUCUGAGGAGCAGGACCUUGUCUGGAAGUACAGGUUCUACCUCUCAUCACAGAAAAAGGCAUUGACAAAGUUCCUGAAGUGUGUGAAUUGGUCCCAGGCGGGGGAGGUGCGCCAGGCACUGGAGCUGUUGGGCCUGUGGAGUCCGAUGGACGUGGAGGACGCUCUUGAGCUGCUCACGCCCACCUUCGCCCACCCCACAGUCCGCAAGUACGCCGUCACACGCCUGCGUCAGGCUGACGAUGAGGACCUGUUGCUGUAUCUGCUGCAGCUUGUGCAGGCUUUGAAGUACGAGAACUUUGAGGAGAUCAAAAGGGACGCUGAGGCGGCCCCUAGUACGCCACGCCGGGCCUCUAUGUCCCAGCUAAGUACGCCACAUCGAGACUCGGUAUCCCAGGACGAUUCACAGCAACAUGACAAGGACAGGUAUCCCCUGCCAGUGAUGUCACGCACGUCCUCCCACGACUCCCUCCUAGAGGCCCUUGGCACAUCGCCACAGUCGCAGGAAACCACCGAAACAAGACUUGAAAAUGAGGUGGACCUUGCAACAUUCCUGAUCUCACGAGCCAGCCACAACCUCAGCCUGGCCAACUACUUCUACUGGUACCUGAUGGUUGAGAGUGAAGACCACGAGAAUGAGAAGGAGACCGCUACCAAGGAGAUGUACUAUGUUGUCUUCAAGAGAUUUAGCAGUGAGCUUGUCAAGGGAGGUCUGGAGUGUAGACAACGGCGCUCGAUGCUGAUACGUCAGCACAUAUUCAUGGAGAAGCUGGUAAACCUGGUCAAGAUCAUCACACGCGAGAGCGGUAACAGGAAGAAGAAGAUUGAGAAGCUGCAAGCCCUACUUCAGGACCAGGAUGUUUGCAAGAUCGACUUCUCCAAUUUCGAUCCCCUCCCUCUGCCCCUUGACCCAGAUAUCAAGGUCAAAGGCAUCGAUCCCAAGAGUGCCACAUUGUUCAAGAGCAACCUAAUGCCAUGCCGCCUGACAUUCCACACGACAGACGCCAAACAGUAUGUGACUAUCUUCAAGCAUGGAGAUGAUCUGCGCCAGGAUCAGCUUAUACUACAGAUGUUCAUGCUCAUGGAUCGGCUGUUACGAAAGGAGAACCUGGAUUUGAAGCUCACUCCAUACAAAACACUUGCAACAAGUACCAAACAUGGCUUUGUGCAGUAUAUCGAGUCCCUGCCAGUAGCAGCAGUCCUAGAGAAUGAGGGGACCAUUCAGAACUACUUCCGCAAGCAGGCUCCCUGUGAGGGCGCCCCCUAUGGUAUACAGCCUGAGGUCAUGGAGAACUAUAUCAAGAGCUGUGCCAGUUACUGCGUUGUAACCUACCUGCUGGGAGUUGGCGACCGCCAUCUUGAUAAUCUUCUGCUCACCAGCACAGGAAAGUUGUUCCAUAUAGACUUUGGGUACAUCCUGGGUCGUGACCCCAAGCCCCUGCCUCCACCCAUGAAGCUGAGUAGGGAGAUGGUUGAAGCCAUGGGGGGCCAGACCUCAGACCACUACAAGGACUUCAAGCUGCAUUGCUUCACAGCCUUCCUAGCUCUCAGGAGGUCUGCCAACUUGAUCCUGAACCUGUUCUCUCUGAUGGUGGAUGCCAACAUUCCUGACAUUGCCCUGGAACCGGACAAGACAGUCAAAAAGGUACAGGACAAGUUUGUGCUACACCUGACGGACGAGGAGGCUGUGUCCUUCCUACAGUCUCUUAUAGAUGAGAGUGUGUCGGCCAUCAUGCCUGCAGUUGUGGAGCAGUUCCACAAGUUUGCUCAGUAUUGGAGGAAAUAGAGAAGGGGCUUCAAGGAAGGUUUGGGCCAGUGCAAUAGACCAUGCGAUGUAGGGGUCAAGGACAGGUCUACCAAGGUCAUGGGAGCUUGACCCUAUUCUACUGUGAUCAUUUUAAAGAUAUUUUAAAGUGCAUUUUAUAGUGACAGUGACAAAAAUACUUUUUGACUGCAUGUCAGUCUUUUGAACAUAUUAACAAAAAAACAUGUACAGUAAAACUUCUUAUUGAUGUGUCUAUACUAAGAUACAUAUAUAUAAAUAAUACUGAUUAAAACUGUUGAUGUUUUUAUUCAUUUAGAAUCAACAUUAAAUUAUUAAUAUGGUACCUGUAUGUAGAAGUGGUCAACAGUUGUUGGAUUGUUUUUAAGAAUUGGACACAUCUUAAUUGUUAAUAUUAUACCUCACAUAAAUUUGUUUCUUCUUUGCGUAUAUAAACUUCACAGGUCCGUCAUUUGAAUAGUGCCCUGUAAAGAUGCGCGUGCAUAGUCAGCGGGCGCUAUUUUGAAUAGUGCCCUGUAAAGAUGCGCGCCCAUGUAAUACUGACCGCUAGAAUGUUUAUUUGGAACAUUUGUGCAAGUUUUACAACGAAGAGAUUUCUGCUUUAUAUAGUUAGGGUAAACGAUUCGUUUGGCAGGUCACAAGCGUGUGUCUUGUAUUAUUAAUCACAUUUUGAAAAAUACAGAAAUUAAAUGCUAAAUUUAUGAUCAAUGUUAAGAAACAUGUUGUGUGUAAUAAAAGCAUUUAUUUCUAUAUAAAAUGUAUCUCAAUAUGUGAAAUUAUUUACAAUAAAAAUGAAUGUUGUGUAUAGAA